AUGGAGCCGGGAAAGGACGACAACAACAGCAACAGCGCGCAGGAAGAGGCCGCGCUCGAAGCCCACCUGCAGCUGCUCUCCGACAUGAAGGCCGUCGACACCUCGUUCGCGCUCAACUGGGCGACCAUGCUCGGCGGCAAGCGCAGCGCUGACGCCAUGGCCGCCGACGACCACGACUUCAUCGCCGAGGUCCAGGACCUCCUCGCCAAGCGCCCGCGCCUCGCCGUGUUUGACAAUGAUGAGUGGAAGACGCUGCUGCUCGUGGCCGACUCGGCGAAGCGGCUCCACGGCAUGAACGCGCUCAUUGACCGGCAGUACAAGCUCCUCACGGGCGUCUACCUCCAGUGCGGGCUCCUCGAGAUGCACGCGGGCGACGUCCACCGCCUCAACGUGUGCUCAUCCAUGGAGAACAAGAACCUCCUCGGGGAAAGCGUCCGGUUCGCGCGCAAGGCGGUGCCGCACCACAUCUUGGCCGAGGCCGCGUGGAACGUCUCGCUGGGCAAGGGCAUCACGGAGAAGUGGUGUAAGAACUACAAGACGCUGCAAGUGCUCGACGCCAACACGGUCUACGUCGAGUACGUCCCGAAGCACGUCCUGGCCGACGUCUCGGGCACGGUCGCCGCGCGGUACCUCUACCGGCGCUACUUCGAGCCGAGCCGCGUCGUCAUUGUAUGGAAGUCCGUCCUCGAAGACGAGCUGCUUCCGCUGGACGAGAACGUCAUGCGCGUCCACCAAAGCGGCUGGAUGGUCAUCGAGGCCGACGCCAAGAACCCGACCCAGUCCCUCUACAAGUUAUUUAUUCAGCGCCACUCGCCGACGCGCGCGGGCAGCUCCUCCACCUCGACGACAUCUUCCAGUACAUCAUGCCCAGCAUCAGCCUCGACCACCGGACAACGACCUUUGUCACGACCUUCAUCGAAGACUCGUUCCGCGCGGUCGAGGUCGCCUUUGAGAAGGCCGUCGACGUGGCCGUCCAGAAGCAGAAGAGCCGCGUCGCGUACCUCCUCUCGGACGCAUAAACAUUAGUAUAUUAGUAGGUCGAGG